UCCACAAGCGACGGCAACAUGGCGGCCCCGGUAAACUGUCGCUGCUAGAUUAGAGUUACUCCACCUGUAGCUGCCACAACCCUGACUAUGGCGGCUCCGGCUUUCUGUAAUUUGCGUCGGAGCCCAAAUGAGCUUCCUAGAGACCCUUCACAAGAAGAUGAGGAUUGUGAUUCUGAAGACUGGGUCAGCGACGCAGGUUCAUUCUCCUCGGCGAGUAGUGAUUAUGAGGGUGAUGUCCUUGUUGCCGUGAAUGAUGUUGAUGUGACCACUGAGAACAUAGACAGAGUUCUGUCUUGUAUUCCAGGACCUAUGCAGGUGAAACUGACAUUUGAAAAUGCAUAUGCUGUGAAACAGGAAACAACUCAACCAAAACAGAAAAAGGCGCAGAUGAAUACAAGCGAUUUAGUGAAACUUCUGUGGGGAGAAGAGGUUGAAGAUAGCCAGCAGAAUAUUCUAAACACUCCUCAUAUCAUUAUGUACCUCUCACUACAGCUCGACUUGGAAUCAUCAAAGGAAGAGCAGGAAAUUCUUUAUCAUUAUCCAGUGUCUGAAGCAUCUCAGAAACUUAAAAGUGUGAGAGGGAUAUUUCUCACACUCUGUGACAUGCUGGAAAAUGUAACUGGGACACAAGUUACUAGUUCCUCCCUUCUUUUAAGUGGGAAACAGAUUCAUGUGGCUUAUUGGAAAGAAUCUGACAAGUUGUUGUUAAUUGGCCUUCCUGCUGAAGAAGUUCCUCUUCCUCAGCUAAGGAAUAUGAUAGAAGAUGUUGCUCACACUUUAAAAUUUAUGUAUGGUUCUUUAGAUAGUGCAUUCUGCCAGGUUGAGAAUGGUCCUCGUCUGGAUCAUUUUUUCAACUUGUUCUUCCAAAGAGCACUUCAGCCUACUAAACUACAUCCAAAUGCCAGUCACAGUGCACAACAGUAUGAUGCUUCCAGUGCAGUGUUUUUAGACAAUCUUCCUGGAGUUCGGUGGCUGACACUUCCACAGGAAGUCAAGGUGGAAUUGGACACAGCUUUGAGUAACUUGGAGGCUGCAGAUUUUGCAGAACUGUCUGAGGAUUACUAUGACAUGAGGCGGCUGUAUACAAUUUUGGGGUCUUCCCUAUUUUAUAAGGGUUACUUGAUAUGCAGUCAUUUGCCUAAGGAUGAUCUUAUUGCUAUUGCUGUAUACUGUCGCCACUAUUGCCUACUGCCUUUAGCAGCAAAACAAAGAAUUGGUCAGUUGGUAAUAUGGAGAGAAGUGUUUCCUCAACAUCACCUCCAACCUUCUAAAGACGCAAAUACUGAAGUCUUUCAGGAACUUGAAGGGAGAUAUUUUUUGCUAAUUGUCGGUUUGAGACAUUAUAUGUUAUGUGUAAUAUUAGAAGCUGGAGGCUGUGCAUCCAAAGCUAUUGGGAAUCCUGGACCAGACUAUAUAUAUGUGGAUCAGGUCAAAACAACUCUCCACCAGCUGGAAGGAGUAGAUUCCCGCAUAGAUGAACGGCUAGCAUCUGCUCCAAGUCCCUGUUUGUCUUGUGCUGACUGGUUCCUUACUGGAUCACGUGACAAACCAGAUAGUUUGACAACCUCACCCAUCCUCAGUAGGCUACAAGGUACUUCCAAAGUAGCAACCUCUCCAGCGUGCAGAAGAACCCUUUUUGGUGACUAUUCCUUAAAGACACGUAAGCCCAGUCCUUCCAGAAGCAGUGGAGGAUCUGACAAUGGUUGUGAAGGUGGAGAAGGUGUUGGCCUUAGCCCCCUCACUACACCGGAUGCAAUACGGAAGCAAAGAGAAUCUCAGGGCUCUGAUGUUUUGGAGGAAACUGGGGGCUUGCUUAAGGUCACUAAAAAGAAGUCUACUCUUCCAAAUCCAUUUCAUUUGGGAAACUUGAAAAAGGACCUUUCGGAAAAAGAAUUGGAAAUAUAUAACACAAUGAAAUUGACAUCAGGUCCUGAGAACACACUUUUCCACUAUGUUGCCUUAGAAACAGUGCAGGGGAUCUUUAUUACUCCUACCCAUGAAGAGGUGGCACAACUAAGCGGCUCUGUCCACCCUCAGCUGAUAAGGAAUUUCCAUCAGUGUUGUCUUUCCAUUCGUGCAAUUUUCCAACAGACGUUGGUGGAAGAGAAAAAGAAAGUGCUAAAUGGUGGACAUCAUUCAGAUUCUACAAAUUCAGUGUCUUCUCUUAACCCUGUGAAAGAACAUGGUGUGUUGUUUGAAUGCUCACCUGAAAACUGGACUGAUCAGAAAAAAGCACCACCAGUUAUGGCUUACUGGGUAGUAGGGAGACUCUUUCUUCAUCCCAGACCUCAAGAACUUUACGUCUGUUUUCAUGAUUCAGUCACAGAAAUUGCCGUCGAACUGGCUUUUAAAUUAUUCUUUGGAUUAACCUUAUAAUUGUGCUUUCUUGAUUCAGAGCAACACUGAAAAUGGAGCAUCAAACAGUUUUAUAAUUACUGAAAUCGAUACACAAAAUGGAUAAGUUUUAGCUUCUUUUCAUUAUACAGUAUUGGACACAAUACUGACAAAAAAUUAAGAUGAAAUGCUGUUUGAGUUUGAUGGACUAAAUCUUACGUAGUAUUGUGAGACUUUUGAAAAGAUACAUGAUCAAAAAUAUAUGAAGAAGGGACUGUUAACUUAGUAUUGCCAUUCUGGUACGUCACAUUAAUUUAUUGACUAGUUUGAAAUAAUGUGAAAUGUUUUAUAUAAAAUGUAGGAAAUACUUAUCUUGGAAAAAUACUCAAUUCAUUGUAUAUUUUUUCUCAAGACUAAUAUUGUUAUCUGGUGAGAGAAUCAUGGAACUGGGAGGAGGUGAGCAGGUUCUUGCCAUAAGCAAGACUUUACUUCCCUGAGCUCAGAGAUUUCGUAUACAAAAUGAGAUGGUUGCAUUGAGGUUUCUAAAGCCUCUUUCUUCUCUUGGUCAGUAUCUAAAUUUAUAAUGUCCAAGUACUGAUUCCUUACCAGAUCAAAUACUUUUUCUUAGUAUUUUAGAUACCUCACAGGAGAUGGAGGGGAUAAAAAUUAAACUCUGUUUUAUUUAUUUGACUUCCUUUACUCUUUUAGGUAAACUCUAUUUUGACUAGGAUAUAUUUAUUAAACUAUCUGUCCAUGAAUUUCAUUGUCAUUCUUUUUGUUGAAAUACAUUCAGGUGCACGAUAUACAUUUUAUACAGUUGAUGAAUUUCAGGAAAAUUGUAUGGAACUCUUUUUUUUAAAACCACAUCAUGUUAAAAACACUUAAAAGUAUGGCGACUUUUUUGUAAAAUCCUAACUUUUGUCUCACAAGUGUGGAUUAUUAUGUCUUAGGUUUUCCCAAAGGAGGAACACUUUAAUGAGUAAUAGUUUACUUGACCUUUAAUAGGGAGAGGAAACUAAUGGGAUGAGAAUUUUCUUAGGCUGUGAGAAUUUGGUGGAUUGGGAGAAAAGAAAACCAUAACAAAUACUGCAUUUUUAAUUGACAUUUACCGAAUCGAUCCUCCUGGAGGCUCAGAUGCCCCAGAGAAUUUACAAUACUGGGUUGUUUCUUCUUUAGCACUUAAGUUUUGGAAUUCAGGUUACACUAGUACAUCUGAAGCAGUGUCUGCAUUUCCAUUGCCUCAAACGAAGACCCUCAA